AUAAAUAACCAUAAUAACCCAUAUUCAUCACCAAAAUAUCAAAUUCUCCCCUAUAUUUAUUUUCACAAAAAAUAAAAUUUAUUAGCUAUAACAACAAUGAAGCGAGCUAGUGUAGUGACGGUGAUCGUCCUCCUUGCGUUGGUAUUGGCUGACGCCGCGCCGGAGUAUCCUAAGGAUGUUCCCAAUGGGCCUAAAAAUGAUAAGGAUGUGCCUAAUGGGCCCAAGAAUGAUAAGGAUGUGCCAAAUGGGCCUAAGAUUGAUAAGGAUGUGCCUAAUGGGCCAAAGGAUAAGGAUGUUCCCAAUGGGCCAAAGGAUAAGGAUGUUCCCAAUGGGCCAAAGGAUAAGUCUCCUGCCUACUCACCACCACCACCUGUGUACUCGCCGCCACUGCCACCAACACCUGUGAUCACCCCAACACCACCCAGCCCAGUCCCCACCCCAACCCCACCUUCACCCACCCCACCAACACCUUCAUCAUCAACCAGUCCAAAACAAGUGAGGUGCAAGGAUAAGUACUAUUCAGGUUGCUACUUCAGGCAGUUUACUUGUCCUGCUGAUUGUCCACAGACUUGUCAAGUUGACUGUGUCACUUGUAGUCCUGUUUGUGACUGUAACAGACCAGGUGCAGUAUGCCAAGACCCAAGGUUCGUAGGAGCAGACGGUAUCACCUUCUACUUCCACGGCAAAAAAGACCAAGAUUUCUGUCUCGUCACCGACUCAAACCUCCACAUCAACGCCCACUUCAUCGGUAAACGCAACCCCAACAUGGGCCGAGACUUCACAUGGGUCCAAGCCCUCGGAAUCCUCUUUGACGACCACAAACUCUACAUUGGAGCCCAAAAGACCAGUACCUGGAACGACGCCAAUGACCGUCUUUCUCUCUCCUUUGACGAUCAACCCAUCGAGCUGGCAGAAAACGAUGGUGCCAGCUGGCAGUCAAAUAACAAUGAUGUCACAAUCACCCGACUUAGAACAACAAAUGCAGUGGAAAUUAAAGCAGAAGGAAAGUUCAAGAUUAAGGCAGUGGUUGUUCCGAUUACUGAAAAGGAUUCUUUGAUUCAUAAAUAUGGAAUUACCCAAGAAGAUUGUUUUGCUCAUCUUGAUUUGAGUUUUAAGUUUUAUUCAUUAAGUGGGGAUGUUAAUGGAGUUUUAGGGCAAACUUAUGGAAGUAAUUAUGUUAGUAGAGUUAAAUUGGGUGUUUCAAUGCCUGUUUUGGGUGGGGAAAAGGAGUUUUAUUCGUCGGGGAUUUUUAAGACGGAUUGUCUUGCUUCUAAGUUUAUUGGGAAUGGGAAUGGGAAUGGGAAUGAGAUUGGGAAUGAGUUUGCUGAUCUUAACUGUGCUUCUGGGUUUAGUGGCCGGGGAGUCGUCUGCAGGCGUUGAUUAAUUAUUAUUCUUCCGAUCGAUCCUUAAUUUUAUUGUGUUAAUUAAUUAAUCAUUCCUUUGAUUAGGGAAUGCUUAUAUAUUUGUAAUAAUUCUCUUAUGAAUGAUACACUCCACCUACUAGUUAGGAGUGUGAUUAUUUGUUUUAUCUCGUUUUGUGGAUUAUAUAUUGUGCAAUAAAUUAAAGAGUUUAUGGAGAAAAGUUUGAAAAGUUGCAG